AUCCGCCGUUACCCGAAGGUGACAGCUGCAAUUGAACAGACAAGAGACAGAGGGUAGGCGAAGCAAUGGUUUCUGCAUCCCGGAUUAGACUCAGCCUGACAGCGGCCCUGUCGCUGCUUUCCGCCGCAGUUGCCUCCUCAGUCACAACUAAGGGGCAAACUAUUACCCUUGAGGGCAGCACUUACUAUGUGCCGCCUACUGCUGUCACAACCCUGAAGCUUCCGUUUGGUCGCUUUAGUCGCGAAACGGAUCUCGUUCCGCUCACCGUUAUAAGAAGUGACCAGAAGCGGCUGACCACUGCGGCGAUUAAGGAUCUCGUCAAUCUCUACGAGGAGCUGGAUGAUGUUUUCAGCGCUGGGUUUCUUGAGAGUAAGUUCGUCUAGAGACAGCUUUGGAUCGGGCUAACCCGAGCAGAUAUCUAUGUCACAUACAAUGGGACACAUCGUGGACCGAGCCACGCGCUUUCUCUUCCGUCUGUCUGGAAAAACUCCUGGCUGGGCUUUGCCGCGGCGUACGGCGGGAGGAAUGCAGUACCCUCGUCAAAGGACCUUCCGCCAGGCCCGUACUUCAUGAACCCAGUUACCGGAGACGUGUUUGAAGCAUACCUCCUCUACUCGGACGUCAUGGGCUCUUUCACCGAAGGUCUCAUUUCAUCAGGUGACGGAUCGUACGCUUCUCUCUCAGCAGCCAUACAAGGUGUCACCUCCGUGACCAUCGGUGUCCCGUCCCGACUAUACUACACCAAGACAGACAAGAAGCCCCUCGCCGGUGUCCGCCUAGGCGUGAAAGACAUCUACGACAUCAAAGGUGUCAAGACCGGCUGCGGAAACCGCGCAUACUAUGACCUCUACCCAGCAGCAGACGCCACGGGCCCCGCUGUGCAAUCCCUCAUCGACGCGGGCGCGAUCAUUGUCGGGAAAAUGAAGACGAGCCAGUUCGCGAACGGCGAGACUGCAACCGCUGACUGGGUCGACUAUCACUCGCCCUACAACGCGCGUGGAGACGGGUACCAAGACCCGAGCUCGUCUUCUUCUGGUCCCGGAUCGGGUAUCGGUGCGUAUCCUUGGCUUGAUCUUGCGCUGGGAAGUGACACGGGUGGUUCAAUCCGCAACCCAUCUCAGGUGAAUGGGUGCUUUGGCAAUCGGCCCUCGUGGGAUCUUGUUCCUCUUGACGGCGUCAUGCCCAUGUCCCCUGCGCUGGAUACAGCGGGCUUUCUCACGCGCGAUGCGAAGCUCCUGCAAACCGCGUCCGAGGUCAUGUACGCGGGUGCCGGCUUGAAGUCAUAUACCAAAUACCCAAAGACCAUCAAGACAAUCGACUUCCCCGAGACCGCCUCGACCGAAGCCAACGCAAUAGUCCUCGACUUUCUCGCCAAGCUCACCUCCUUCCUCGGCGGGGCAAACAUCUCAGCCCUCGACUACGACGCCUUAUGGGAAUCCACCAAGCCGUCCACCGUAUCCGCCGACGAAACACUCAAUACCCUCUUAAACCUCACAUACCCGAUCCUCAUCACAAAGCAACAGUACCCUCUGAUCGGCGAACCACUAAUCGCAGACUACGCCGCCGCAAACGCCGGUCGACGACCAUUCAUCAACCCUGUCCCGCUCUCGCGCUGGACUUGGGGGACUGGGUACCCGGAUUCGCAGCUGGAUGCUGAACUCGAAAAGAAAGAGAUCUUUACUGCGUGGUGGAAUAGUACGGUGCAGGUUGCGGAUCCAGAGACGUGCUCGGAUAGUCUCAUUCUGUAUGUUGGGGCCGCGGCGUAUCCAAAUUAUCGGAAUACAUAUCGCAGUGUGCCCGGUAUUCCUAUGGGGUUUGGAACGUCCCGAAUCGGCAACCUCGCUGGCGUCCCUGACAUUGUGGUUCCCAUUGGCGAGGCGGCAUACAACUCAACCAUCACUCUCCAGCAAGAGUACCUCCCUGUCGCCAUAGACAUUAUUGCGCCGCACGGGUGCGACCUUAUGGUACUCAAUCUGAUCAAUGACUUGGUCGCCGAGGGCAUAGUCAAGGAGCCAGUGACGGGGUCUUCUAUGUAUGGGGAUGGGACGACGUAUUACUGAUGUUGAUGGAUAAGAGCUGGAUACAAACUGUAAAUAUAAGAUGGAGCAUUGAUGUAUAUAGAGAGUCCAAUCCUUGUUGUGGUUGUCACCUACAUCACGUUAUUGGCAUUUCCAUAAAGCUCUGGUGAUAGUUCAAGAAAGUCAUUCUUCUCGUA